CCCGCCUCCAACUCGCUGGAGCAGGGCUGGGCUGGACGGGCGCGCUCUCGGGGGCACGGGAGCAGUCCUGGUCCGGCUCUCCGCGCGGGUGGGCUCGGAGUAGGCCGCAGCGAGCCGGAACCCCAUUCCCAUCCCGGAGGCUCCCUGCCCUUUCUCCCCUUUUCCCUUUGGCCCAUGGUGCGAGGCUGGGAGCCGCCGCCCGGGCCGGACCGCGCUAUCUCUGAAGGGCACAAAUCAGAAAGCACCAUGCCUCCUAAUAAAGAAGCCAGCAGUCUUAAUAGCUCCCCAGUGGGCCUCAUCUGCCUCCCUCCUAUCUCUGAGGAGCUACAGCUUGUGUGGACCCAAGCAGCCCAGACCAGUGAGCUGGAUGGCAAUGAACACUUGCUCCAAACCUUCAGCUACUUUCCCUAUCCCAGUCUAGCAGACAUUGCCCUUCUCUGCUUACGCUAUGGGCUGCAGAUGGAGAAAGUCAAGACUUGGUUCAUGGCCCAGCGACUCCGCUGUGGCAUUAGCUGGUCAUCUGAAGAAAUAGAAGAGACUCGAGCCCGAGUGGUCUACCAUCGGGACCAAAUCCAUUUCAAAUCCCUUCUCUCUUUUGCCCAUCAUGCUGGGCGGCCCCCAGAGGAGGUGCCGCCUUCUCCAAUGCCACCUCCAGAACCAGUUGGUCUUGGAAUAGUGCCCCUGACCCUCAGUGAGUCUGCUCACAUGAAAGGAUUGAAGGUAGAGCCUGAGGAGUCCUCAGAGCCACUGAGUCACCAGAAAGCAAAGGAGUCCCUGAUGGCAUCUGGCAGUGGGGCACUCCCCAACCAAUCAGGUUCUUGGCAGGAUCUGCAAAGCAGUAACUGUCCUAAGGAGCAGGCAGGCAGGGGUCCUGACCAGUCACGUGGCCUAGGUACUACUUCCUGGAACCACUCCACAACUGUCGUCCAGCCACGUACCCAGGAUAAGUCCUCACCGAUCUCAUUACUUGCCAGUAGUUGUAAGCAGGAGUCUGCAUCUAAUGUGACUCCUCCUUCUCCCUCUACCUCUUCUUCCACUUUCCAGGUACUGGCUAAUGGAGCUACCGCCACCUCUAAACCCCACCAGCCACUAGGCUGUGUUCCACAGCCACUGUCACCCAAUGAACAGGCACUACCCCCACAGCUGGAGCCGGUAUGGCACCAGAGGCUAAGGCAUAACUCAGUAGCAGGUAGGGUUGGCUCUGCAGAGUACCUUUCCCCAGAUAUGCAACGCCAGCGGAAGACAAAGCGUAAAACCAAAGAGCAGCUGGCUAUCCUCAAAUCCUUUUUUUUACAGUGCCAAUGGGCACGGCGUGAGGAUUACCAUAAAUUAGAACAGAUCACUGGUUUACCUCGGCCUGAGAUUAUUCAGUGGUUUGGUGACACACGCUAUGCUUUGAAGCAUGGGCAACUAAAAUGGUUUCGGGACAAUGCAGUACCUGGUGCCCCUAGUUUCCAGGACCCAGCAAUUCCCACACCACCACCUUCAACCCGCUCCUUGAAUGAAUGGGCUGAGACACCACCUCUGCCGGUUCCCCCACCCCCACCAGAUGUACGGCCCCUCGAAAGGUACUGGGCCACCCACCAACAGCUUCAGGAAAGUGAUAUUCCUCAGUUGAGUCAGGCGUCAAGGCUUAGCACCCAGCAGGUACUGGAUUGGUUUGACUCUCGAUUACCUGAGCCAGCUGAGGUGGUAGUUUGUCUAGAUGAAGAGGAGGAAGAGGAGGAGGAAGAACUGCCAGAAGAUGAGGAUGAAGAGGAGGAGGAGGAAGAGGAUGAUGACGAUGAUGAUGUGAUCAUACAGGACUGAGUGGGGGGCUAAGGGAGGGGAGGCUUUUUACUAAAAGAUGAACCAACUUAGUAACUGUUAAAACAAAGAAACCACAUUUUAAAAAUUACUUUGUGGCAAAGAA